AGUUAUUGUUUGUUCGUAUUAUUAUUAUUUUCAUUCCAGGAGAACAAACAUUGAUUUUCUGUAUUGAGUUGCACAAUAGCAAAUCCCACUAAUUGCAUAAUUAUAAUUAACAAAAAUACAGAGCAAUUAAAGAGAUCAGGAAAUCAUGGCCGAACAGUGGAUGUUUGUACGAUUUGAAGAUUUCGAUGAAGGGGAGGAGGAGGAGAAGACACGGAACUGAAGGAGAUUCGAGAUGAGUUUCUCUGCAGAUAACCUAAAAGGCUUUGUUCUGGCUCUCUUAUCCAGUGGUUUCAUAGGGGCAAGCUUCAUCAUCAAGAAGAAAGGCCUCAGGCGUGCUGCUGCUGCUUCUGGGGUCCGAGCUGGAGUCGGUGGGUAUUCAUACCUCCUGGAGCCUCUUUGGUGGAUGGGCAUGAUCACAAUGAUUGUUGGAGAGAUUGCAAACUUUGUGGCUUAUGCAUUUGCACCAGCAGUUCUUGUUACCCCUCUUGGUGCAUUAAGCAUCAUCGUCAGUGCUGUUUUGGCUCACUUUAUUCUGAAGGAGAGAUUACACAUGCUAGCAAUUUUGGGCUGUGUGAUGUGCAUUGCCGGUUCUGUCAUAAUUGUUAUCCAUGCCCCGCAGGAGCGCCCUAUUACUUCAGUUCAGGAAAUUUGGAGUAUGGCAACUCAAACAGCUUUUUUGCUCUAUGUGGGUUCAGUACUUGUGUUGGUUUUCAUUCUGAUCUUCCAUUUUGCUCCACAAUGCGGACACACAAAUGUUUUAGUUUUCACCGGCAUUUGUUCAUUGAUGGGUUCACUAUCAGUGAUGAGUGUAAAAGCGCUUGGAACUUCGCUGAAAUUGACUUUUGAGGGGAAGAACCAGUUAAUCUUCCCAGAAACAUGGUUUUUUAUGUUCAUAGUGGCCACAUGUGUCAUCACACAAAUGAAUUAUCUCAACAAGGCUCUCGACACUUUUCACACUGCAAUUGUGUCCCCUAUAUAUUAUGUCAUGUUCACUACCCUUACAAUUCUGGCCAGUGUCAUAAUGUUUAAGGAUUGGGAUGACCAAAGUUGGGGAAGCAUUAUUUCAGAGAUAUGUGGCUUCAUUGUUGUGCUCUCUGGUACCAUCCUAUUGCAUGUGACCAAAGACCUUGAGAGAGUUCCAUCUAUUAAAGCAGUUAAUUAUGCACCUGUAUCCCCGACAUUGUCAACCCGACUCUGCAGUGGAAACGGUGAAUUACUAAAGCAUGACGAGGAAAGUGCACUUUCUAGCGAGGAAAUUUGCUUGAGGCAUCAAGAACUGUACUAACAGACGGCUGACUUCUGAGGAGAAACCAAUCCCCGCUGUCUAAAUGCAGAGCAAGACAAAAUCAAGUGUGAACACCUUGAAGCUCUGAUGGAUGAAGCAAUGGCUUGCUCCUCAUUGUGAAUUUGGGUGAAAUUCAAACCAAUGAUCUUGGGAAAUUUUAACAAUGUGUUCGAUCUGGUGCUUAUCUAGCGACUCAUCAUCUUUGGCAGGAUCACUCUUUAAAUGUGAAGUGGGAACUGUGCAGGUCUUGUAUAGUUUGUUUCUUGUUUUCAGGGUGCAUAUUUGUACAGUGCCAAAAGUGGUUUGUUUGGAUUGAUCUAUUCGGAGUGUAGGAGGAGGCUGGAUCCUUGGAGGACCUAGAAAACUAGAUUUCAGUGAGGAAUUCUGGCUUAUCUCUAUAUUCUGAGAGUUUUGCAAUACAAAAAUUGAUGAAGAUACUCUGAGCUCUAUAAGCAAUCCGGUGGCUAUUAUUUUAUUUUAUUUUUCCCAAUUUUUAGCUGUCAUUUCUUCCUAUGUAAAACAGUGAUAAGAAAUAAGUAGCCCGUGUAUUCUUUUCAAAUUAAA